GCUAACAACGUCGACGUCAUUUCAGUAAUAAUGUCCAGCAGACUGCGAAAUGGAAAGAGGUUACAAAUACCGAGUAUACCGAAACCAAAAAAACCUAGCAAUCAGAAGGAAUAUACCUACGAUCAAGCUGUAGAACUUGUUGCCUCCUUUCUGACGCAAGAGAAAGGUAGAGGGAAGACUGCGAUAGUUAGUGGAGCGGGUGCGAGUGUAGAAAGUGGAAUUAGAGCUUAUAGAGGUAAUCAAGGUCAUUAUGAGCUACACAAGAAGUAUCGUCCAAUUUUCUAUCAUGAGUUUAUGGAGGAUUCUGAGGAAGGAAGACUAUUCAGACAGCGAUACUGGGCACGAUCAUUCUUCGGUUAUAUCCCAGUACAGCAUGCUCUACCGAAUAGAGUCCAUUACAAUGUAGCAGCUUUACAAUACAUGAACUUGGUAGACAAAUUAGUAACUCAAAACGUAGAUAGACUCCAUCAUAGAGCAUCAACGGAUUUACUCAACCCAGAUGAUCGGAUAUUGGAAUUGCAUGGUACACUGAACUUUGCAGUUGUCCCGAAUUACCCAAACCAUCCAAAGAAAUUACGCUCGGAGCUUCAAACAGAAUUAGCAGCACUCAACCCUAAUUGGCUGGAGUUUGCUAAUUCUCAGACAAAAUUAAAACAAAAUCCUGAUGGUGAUGUUGAGUUACCAAGUGGGCUAACUUAUGAAAUGUUUAAAAUACCUAAUCCGAAUGGUUUGGAGGAUGAUAUUCGAGCAUUUUAUAAACCUGACGUUGUUUUCUUCGGUGAAUCGUUGGACGUCCGACAGAAAGAGGAAAGUGUAAAGGCUAUUCACGAUGCUGACAGAAUACUUGUUAUUGGUAGUUCACUGGCGACAUAUUCUGCUUUCAGGUUGAUCAAACAAGCUAUAGAGGCAAAAAAACAAGUUUUAAUGAUUAAUAUUGGGCCUACACGCGCGGAUGAUUAUGAUAUUACUAAAAUAGAGCUACCUGCCGCUGAUGUUUUACAAGGUGCUGUCAAAUUACUAGCAUCUAAGCUACCAUACGAUGAGACACUCAUUAGACUGUCAAACAGUGGUGUCAAAAUUUCAUUAAAGGAGAUAGAUCCAACCCCAGAUCCAGAGGCAACUGAGGCUAAGUAAUGAUGAUUGUAUAAAUUAUAGAUAAAACCAAAUGCAUGUGAUGAGCAAAUGGAAAUUCAUGUAGAGAAAUGAAAUUCAAAGAAAACUGACUUGUUCGUUACGUAGGCAUUUGGUUAUUUGGUUAUUUUGUAGAAUUUGACCCUUAAGCUUUAUUUAAUGCUUCUACUUCAUCGAGAGGAUGCAUCCAUCUUAUUAGGCAGUAUCAUUGCUUACUUUUGGAUCAUCUCAAAUCAG